UUCCCUGUUUGCAAAGGCUCCUUGGAGGCUCCAUCCUCAGGGUCCCUUCCUUUGGCCUGAGCGGGAGGAAGGCCAGGCCCUCUCUUGCCAAGGCUCAGCCAGGCUGGACCUGUGGGCUUUCUGCCUGGCAGCUCCAGGGCCCUCAGCAAGUGGUUCAGUAAGUCAUUAGCCCAGUCCUCUCAGGCAGCUCCAGUGAGAAGCUACAUGCAUUUCUCCUCCUUGGGAUGUCCAUGGAAUGGGCCUCAGUGCCAGGUUGUGCCUUGUCUGCUGACCGUCUCCAGUCUCUGAAUCGGGAUAAAGAGGAACGAGAGGAAGAUGAUGCUCUUCUUCCGCAAGAGGAAGCCCAGCGACGAAGCCCGCAAGCGCCUUGAAUACCAAAUGUGCCUGGCAAAGGAAGCCGGAGCCGACGAUAUCCUUGACAUAUCCAAAUGCGAACUCUCAGAGCUUCCCUAUGGCGUUUUCGCAACCUGUAAGGUCCUGCAGAAGAAGGUGUUGAUCGCUCACACCAACUCCUUGACAUCUCUUGUGCCCAAAUCCUGCAACCUCCUGAGUCUCACAACAGUGAAGGUUUUAGAUUUGCACGACAACCAACUAACAUCCCUUCCUGCUGACAUCGGCCAGCUGACAUCUCUCCAGGUCCUAAAUGUUGAAAAGAAUCUCUUAAAGGUGCUUCCGGAUUCUAUAGGUGACCUUACCCAGUUGCAAACCCUUAACCUGAAAGGCAACAAACUGAAAGAAUUGCCCACCACCCUGGGAGGUCUACGUAGCCUGCGAACUUUGGACAUCAGUGAAAACUUUGUCCGGGAGUUGCCGUUGGCGCUCGCUCACAUACGGACAUUGGAGACACUGACCCUGAAUGCCUCAUCCAUGACCCACCCACCCUUUGAGGUCUGCAGCGCCGGCACUGAGACCAUCCAGCAGUUUCUGUGUGAAGAAUUGGGGAUUGAGUACAAUUCCCCCUCCCAGUAUUUACUCCCAGUGUUAGAAAGUGAUGGAGCAGAAACAUCGGUGGACGGGGUCAACAGGACGGUCUGUAAAUACAUGCAAAAUGAGGCUGAGUGGCAGAACAAAUUCAUGGACUAUGAAAAGCGGAAGGAGCAGAAGAUGCAGGAGAAGCUGGAGUUUGAGCGCUGGCUGAACCUGGAGCAGAGAGAGCAUGCGCAGCUGAUGCACCAGAGCAAUGCCCAGAAAGAGGAAAUACUUGAAAGCAUGAAGGAGGAGCAAGUGCGGCUGGACCAGGGACUGACACGACACCAGCAGCGGCUGGGAGAGGAGCGGCUGAAGCUACUAGGGCAGCUGAAAGAGAUGGAGCAGGGUGUUGCUGGCCGGAUCCAGAAACUACUGGAAGAGAAUCAAAGGCAAAAACAGAACUCUGAGAUCCUUAAAUCCCUAGAGAAUGAUCGGAUCCGGAUGGAGCAGCUGAUGGCGAUCACGCAGGAGGAGGCAGAGCAGCUGCGUAGGAAGGAAGUGGCUGCGGCCAUGCAACAAAUGCUCUCUGAGACCUACAAGAACAAGCUCCUUCAGAUGGCCUAUGAGUCACGCCGGCAAGACUUGGUGAACCAGACUUAUUCUAGCAUAGCCAAGAUGGAUCAGAAGUUUCAGCAAAUUCUGGCUUGGCAACAGCUGGACCAGAACAAAGCUAUCAGCCAGAUCUUGCAAGAGAGUGAAAUGCAGAAGGCUGCCUUCGAAGCUCUCCAAGUAAAGAGAGACCUCAUGCACUGCCAAAUCCGAAAUCAGAUUAAGUUAAUAGAGAGAGAGUUACUGCAGCUCACCCAGCUGGAGUUAAAGAGGCAGCAGUUGGACACAGAGGCUUUGCAGGAGGUGAUAGCAGAACAACGGCGAGCUUUGAGUUACCUGCUGCAGCAGUUGCUGAAAGAGAAGAAGCAGAGGGAAGAAGAACUGUUGGACAUCUUGAAGGAGCUGGAAUCCAAGAGCGAGACCAAGCAGGAGAACUACUGGCUGAUCCAGUACCAACGGUUGCUUGAUCAAAAGCCACUUUCACUCCGGCUGCAGGAGGAAGGCCUGGAACAGCAGUUGGUGAAGCUGCUGACCGAGCUCUCGGCUGAUCAGUACAUGCCCAUCUUCGCUCAUCAUCGGAUCUCACUCAAAAUGCUCAGUUCCAUGGUCCCUGCUGACUUGGGAAAGAUGGGAAUAACUGAAACUGGCCUGCAACACUCCAUCAUUCGGAGAGCCCGAGAGAUACAGGCAGUAGCUGAAACCAUCCCAGAACUGUUGAAACCCACGGAAGAGGUGGCACCUUCUGCUCCUGCCUCCAGCGAAGAGCCCCCUAGUGCUGAAGCUCCUUCUGCCCCACCACCAGAAGAGCAGCACUGCGAAUGUGUGGUCUGCAUGGAGCGACAGGCCCAGGUGGUCUUCCUGAACUGCGGUCAUGUCUGCUGUUGCCAGACCUGCUCUGAUGCUUUGAACACCUGCCCACUGUGCCGCAAAGACAUUAUACACCGGAUCCGCCUCUUCCACAGCGGCUAGACUGGACAGCCUUUGGCACUGUAUGCCCACCCAUCUCCCUUCCUCCAAUGAUGGAUGGAGAACAGUGGUUCCCAGGAUGGGUUGUGUGGUGGGAGGGCAUGCCUGGAAUUUGCACUACCUCCUUGCUUUUCGUAUGCCUACUGCUUGUCAUCAUUGUCCUUGUCGUGUGCUCACUCAGCAUGGCUGCCAUUCCUCUUCAUUUCCUUCAGCAGCUAGCUGAAGCCCACUGGUUAGCUCCAUAACCAUCCUGUUUGGGCAGAGUGUGCAUGCAGGAAGAAGUUUAACCUGGCCGCAAAGGCUUACUGAAAGCCAUCCCUAACUCUCAUGGAACCUCCAAGAGCUGUUCUUUAGCUAGCAGUUCAGUUGUGUGAAAUGAAUAUUUAUAAAUGCCAGGGAGGUAAACCCUGCAGACUCUAAUGGAGGCAGAGUCCCUUACAUUUGUCUACCAGAGAGAAAUGUAUGCAGAGGGAGAUUUUCAGUCAUCAUAGGUGCUGCCAUGGCUGCAGCCAGGAGGACACAGGGUGACAUGUUUGUCUAUUGCUCUGUGAAGAAGUAGUUGCCAGUUGUGGUCAUCACCUUUGCCUGUUCUUAGGACAGACCAUUGUAAUGGUGGAGGCUGGUGGGCAUAGUUCAAUGCAUCUGGCAGGUAUGACUGAUGUAGAGAUGAGGCCAAGGUAUUUUCAUCCAUUUGCUAGGCCAUAUUAGUAGUAUGAACCCCUCUCUCUCAGAGGGAGGUUGCAGUCAAUGGCCUAUGUUGUCCUUUCCAACUCUGUGUUGUAGUGCCUGUGCUUUCUUUUCCAUUAACUUAGAGAGGGAGUAGAG